CGCGCGCGCAGCCUCUGACAGCCGCUCCUGGAUUCAAAGCGUGUUUCGUUCUUCAAGAAUCUGUAAACAACACUGAUCUGAACGCGGAAACGCAGCAAACCCGCGGAGCCUACAUCGCGCUUCGCGACCGCUCUGCCUGCUUUUCGACAGCUCGCACGCUCCGAGGUGAGCGCGAGGAGGAGCUGAUGCUGGAAUAGCGAGGAGAAAGGACAGGAAGCAGGGAUAAUCUGGAGCAUCUGACCACUGGACAGUGGGAAAGGGGGUCGUUUGCGUGCGUGUGGGGGCACCUGUACAGAUUUCUUCCCCUCCUCUCCAGCACACAUGUUGCCGAGGCGCUGCUGAGCAGGAGGAUGUUUGCGUAGGAGGGUUGGAUUUCUGCGGACAGCGCCAGAUCUUCAGAGUGUUAACUCCGUGGACCUGAGUGCUGCUGCCUGACUUCCUCCAACACAUCUGUCAGAGAUAACACCCAUCCUACUGGAGUCGUUUUAUUCACACUGGGAGUAUUUUUCUGUCYUUUUUUUCCUUCUGCGUCUCUGCUUUUGCAAACAAAUAGGAGGAGUGAGGAAUAAGAACAACUAAGGUGGACAUUUUGCAUUUUCAUUUUUUUCUCACCCAACAACUGAAUCCAAUCAGGCUAGUGGGGUUGAUUUAUUCUGCACUUGAAAUUAGUUCUUUACUUUUUAACACAAUAUAGGGAUUUUUCCCACCCCACUAAAUAUCAAAGUACUUUUUUGUAAUUGAUCUGAGUUUUAAGUGACUGAUUCCAGAAGGAAGUUUAACUUCGAGGAGCCACUGCUGCCCUAGAUGUGACCCAGAGAAUUCCUCCUGUAUCUGAAGACCAGCGUCUCAUCUUUACAGCCGUCCUGUAGCUGAUCGGUGAUUUUCCCCUCCCCGCACGCCCUGAGACCCCGUCUGUAACAUGAAUCACACUUUUUCAGAUGAUUCUAUUACAUGCCUGCAAGCUGCUGGAUAAUUCAAUAAGCACCAGGUGUUGAUGGAGAGCCAUUCGAAUGACAGCCGGGACAGUGGUCAUCACUGGUGGAAUUCUUGCUACGGUUAUAUUACUCCUUAUCAUCGCAGUAUUGUGCUACUGUAGGCUACAGUAUUAUUGCUGUAAGAAGGAGGAGUCUGAGUCGGAGGAGGAGGAGCCGGACUUCGCUGUCACGUCCCGCCUCCCGCCAGUUCACUCCAACCACAACAUCGUGGCGGCAACGGCGGCCGCCUCCUCCAUCCCGAAUGGCCCCGCCCUUUUCUCCACCCCGCCGCUGGCGAGAAAACUGACACGCUCGCAGACCUUCUGUCCGUCCUGCACGCACUACGACCUGCCUUUCUACCUUCAGCCUCCUCCGCCGCAGGUCCACCACCAACCGGACGGACUGAGGAAUGGAGGCGAGCGAAUCAGCUACCGCAGYGUCCAGCAGCAGGACCUGGAGCUGCCCGUGCCCGUGAACAUUUCAAACUAUCGGAAGCCAAACCUGGCGCGGUCGGUGACCAUGAGGGAGAUGUUCACACGCAGCUGCAGCAUCAGCACCGAUGUUUAGCUGGUUGAAGCUCGUUUCAUGUUUCUGUUUUCUUUUGAAAGCUGAGAAGGCCAAAGCGGGACUGAUUCAGACUGUGUUURUGUCAGCUUGACCAGUUCUAGUCUUGUUUAUCCAGUCCUCGCCUGCAGAUUGAAGGACUCAGAUGGCUCUCAGGACAGUUUUAUCAAAGUUAGAUGCUCAGGUUGAUGAUUUUACACUUGGGCCAAUAUAAAAGUGUUUCAAAAAUAUUUCAACAUGGCAAAGAAUCAUGAGUAAAAAAAGACUUUCUUUUACACAAAAGGGAUUUAUUUUGCAAUUUGGUGACGUCUGUGUAGCCCCUGACUUGAAGGACCCUGCAAUGUCAAAACGCCAUCAUUCGGAGGGAUUUCUCUCUUUCACAGCUGCUACAAAUCAAACCUGAUUAGAAGUCUCCCUCUAUUAUAAUGAGACGAUWUAUUUCAUUCAUCACCAGAUUAUGAAAUAGUGUUUAUGACAAUAGGAGAAGAGGUUUUUUUAUGGAUUAGCUGCCGUGCACGGACCUUUUUUGUACAAUCCCGAUUCCAGAAAACUUGGAACGUUGUGUAAAUGCAAAUAAAACAAAAUGCAAUGAUUUGCAAAUCUUGUAAAUCCACAUUUUAUUUACAGUCAAACGUAGUAAACAUCAAACAUUGAAACUAAUUAAAAAAUAUAUAAUUUUGAAUUUUUUUUCAGCAACACAUCUUAGAAUGUUGGGAUAAAGACAACAAAAGGCUGUAAAUGUUAGAAAUAAAAACAAUAAACAGCUUGAGGAGUAUUGCAUAACCACAGUUUUUAUGUAUUCAUAAUGGGAAAUUUUUAACCCCAGUAAUUGUCUAUAUAGUUCUGUAUUACACAGAAGUACAUUUUGACCAAUUUUUUACMUAWAAACUAAAAAUACAGUUCAAAGCCUGCWUCUCUGAUGGUAUGAGGGUGUAUUAAUGCACACAKCAUGGGCAGCUUACACAUCUGGAAAGGCACUGUCAGUGCAGAAAUGUAUGUGCAGGUUUUAGAACACCCAGGACUUUUGAACAGCUGGAAUCCUUCAUCAGACAAGAAUGGAACAAAAUUAUCCCCCAGGAAGUCCAGCAGCUGCUCUCCUCAGUUUAAAAGAGUUCACAAACUGAACUUUCACAAGUUCWCUGAGGUAAACAGAAUCCUGUCCCAACUUUUAUUUAUGUGUUUCUGUCAUCAGAUACGAUACUAACUUUUAAAAAGUGCUAUAUCAGUUUCAGCCUUUAUUUUAUUCCAGUGUGAAUAAAAUGUGGGUUUAUGAACUUUGCAGAUCAUUGCAUUCUCUGUUUAUUCACGUUUUACACAACUUCUCAUCUUUCUUUUGGGAACAGGGGUUGUAGUUUUAACUUUGGCCAUAAGAUCAUCAGACAUCAAGGGCUCAUGGAAGAUAUAGUCCUUCUUUCCACAUCCUUUCAGGUCUCGUGUUUGCUGGGAGAGUAUGGUCGCUCUGAAUAUCUGCACAGUGUCCGUACAUAAAAAAAGACAUCUGUGUUGUUGCAGGCAGGAUGGGUAAAGUGCAGAAACAAGUUGUUUGUGUGCAUUAACUGUAUGCCGUUGAGCGUGUAACGUGGUAAAAUCUCAUGCCAGACCUUUUUUUUUUGUUUGUUUGUUUCUUUGUGUGUUUAUUAGUUACAAUUUGUCCCAAUCUGUCUUUCUGGUGAAAAUAAAACCCAGAGCAAAAGUGGGUUGCAAUAACUUAUUAAACAUUUAUCAAAAAUGAGGUAAAGCAACCCACGUGUGCAGCUUUACUCUAAAUUAAACCCAAGCAGACGUUAGGUUUUGCACGUUUAUUUCACUGAUACAGCUACGAUUAGAGGAGCAGUCAUCAGUUUGAACUUUCAGUKUUAUUUUAUUAGUUUUUUUCACAGUUCUUCACUUAUUUUUGAGUUUGUGGCCUUUUCUCUGUAUUUCUUGUGACCUGGUUGAUGUCCAGUGUCUAYGGCUAAAGAUUCACCUUUAAAGGCACAUGUAUAAAAUAUUUAACAGACCAUAACGUCCACUUCAGUCUCUUUCCUCCCUCUCAAUCUGUUGGACUGAGGAAAAUGUGCUCUGAGGUUUUCAGAGAGAAUCCAGCUCAGGACUGAAGCUGACUUGAAUGUCCUUUCUGGACCCCCGCCCUCACCAUCUGUUUCAAUUUACAGUAGAUGCUGAUGUGCUCUGCUCUGUUUUGUCUCUUUGUAGAUUUUUAUUUUAUUUUAUUUUUUUUAGUAAAAGGUGAAAUAGUGCAUACUUUGGUCCUAUAGGUUGGGGGGCACCGAGUGUAAAAUAUAACAUUGAAAAAUAUCAUGAACACGUUUUCAUUAUUUAGCUCACUUUCUGCGUGUUAAAAAAUGCCCACUAACAUUUUAUUGUUGUUUAGCUCA